UGACUGUGGGGGAAGGUGAGCUGCUGUGUUGAUGGUGAAUCCGGUGUAUCUGGGUGGAUUGUGGAGCCGGUAGCGCUGAUUGAGAGGCCGGUUGAUCGCGGGGUGGAUGUGUAUUAAAUCUCCGCCACUCCGUUUGCGGUAUGAAUGUUAAAGCCGGGGGUUUUCCGCAGGCACCGAGGGGAAAUCUGCUGUGGCGGCGGGGGGUUCGGCAGCUGCGCUUCAGCGAUGGCGAGAGGCUUAAGCGGCGGCUGCUGCUGCCGGAGCCCUGGGUUACUUAGCCUCGCUGUGUUUUCCUUCCUCCUGCUCGCCUGCGCUCACUGUCACUCCUGUAACCACAAAGUGCCCUUGCCUACAGAGGUGAUCCAUAAUGUACAUCUAAAACCAGGGAGACUGACUAAAAGAAGCACAGAGCAGCAGUUAAAGAUUCAGAUCUUUUACGACUCCAGUUUGGAUGUGCUGGAUGAGGACAAAAGCAGCCUUGUGAAGGACAAGCUCUUCCCACAAGCCAUUGAUUACCUUCAGAGGGCCUUCAGAGUGCGCAGGCAGACGGGUCCUGUACUACUAAGCAGACAAUGCUCAACAAAUCAAUAUCUGAGAAAAAAAGAUGACCCUCAUCGCUAUUGCCAAGGAGCUUGUGCAGAUAUCACCAGAUGUGGACCAGUUAUUGUGCCUGAUGAACAUUUACAGCAAUGCAGGGUGUGCAGCGAGACGGGAAAGUCUUGUGGUCCGGUGGGCCCCCCGGAUGGUGAGGGGGUUGACAGGGCAGAUUUUCUGUUGUAUGUAAGUGCGGUGACCACAGAGCGCUGUGGACAGGAGAACAUUGUGGCCUAUGCAGCGUACUGCCAGCUGGAGGCAGAACUGGACAGGCCCAUUGCAGGAUACGCCAAUUUAUGUCCAAAUAUGAUCUCAACCCAACUGCAGGAGUUUGAGGGCAUGUUGUCCACCGUUAAACAUGAGAUCAUUCAUGCAUUGGGCUUUUCAGCUGGACUGUUUGCCUUUUACCAUGAUGACGAUGGGAAACCGCUGACGCCGCGCUUUGCAAGUGGUUUGCCAGCAUUCAAUGAAACUUUGGGCCUCUAUCAGUGGAGUGACAGAGUUAUAAGGAGAUCGACCCGAUUAUGGGACAUCCGUGGCAGGCAUAUGGUUCGUCAUGAGGUCCAUCUUAUGGUCACCCCACGUGUUGUAGAGGAAGCUCGAAGGCAUUUUAACUGCCCUAUUCUAGAGGGCAUGGAACUGGAGAACCAAGGAGGCAUGGGCACAGAGCUGAAUCAUUGGGAAAAACGCUUAUUAGAGAAUGAAGCGAUGACUGGAUCUCACACUCAGAACAGAGUGUUUUCCAGAAUCACACUGGCUAUAAUGGAAGAUACAGGAUGGUACAGAGCCAACUACAGUAUGGCAGAGAAUCUGGAGUGGGGCAAAGGUUUGGGCUGCGACUUUGUGAUGAAAAGCUGCAAAUUCUGGAUCGACCAGCAGCGCCAUGCGAGACUCUCACUUACCCCUUACUGUGAAUCUGUGCGUGGGACGCCACUGCAGCUUUCCUGCAGGCAGGACCAACUGGCAGUGGCAGUCUGCAACCUGCAGAAAUACUCCCAGCCUCUUCCAACCGAGUAUCAGUACUUUGACAGCAUUCCUGGAGUGCCUGAAGAGGAUUUGUCCAUGUAUGGAGGAGCGGUGGAGAUUGCAGACUUCUGCCCUUUUAGUCAGGAGUUUAGCUGGCACCUGAGCGGAGAGUACCAGCGCAGCUCCUACUGCAGAAUACAGGAAAACCAGCCAGACUCGUGGAGGAACUACGCCGCUGAAGAGUACGGUCCAAAUUCAGUGUGUCUGUACCAGAAAUCAGCCUUCGUCAUGAAGCAGUGCAAAAAAAGCAUGACCUACCCAGACUGGGGAAGUGGCUGUUAUAAGAUGACCUGCACAGCUCUGGGUCUGCUGGUGUGGGUGCAGGAUCAGAGUUUCUUGUGCGUGCGUACCGGGCAGCUGCUCAAUGUGAACGUGAGGAUAAAUGAGUGGGUCUACAGUGGCCAGCUGAUCUGUCCUGCCUGUUCACAUUUCUGCAACAACUGCCCCCUCCCUCACGAGCUCCCACAAAUCAACACUACCCGCAGCGUCCACAUAGACCCGUGCUCCAGUUCUUCUGGAUUGGUGGUGACACUAUGGCGGCUCCUGUUCAACCUCCUUCCGCUGCUAACAGGCUUCAUCCUCUGCUUGAGAAAUUGAAAUUGGCCAUCUGAAUGAUUGUCUGUGUGGGGAGAACAUGGGCGUCCCACUGCCAUAGGCUUCCCUUUGAGUUUUGAGUGAGCAGGGAAAGCAGUGCUCAAUACUGAGGCACAAACUUUCCGUUGAUCAUGAAGAAAAAGUUCCUCAAGAAAGUUCCUUAGGAGGGAUGAAAAAAGCCAUCGACUGCACGCCGCUCUGAGUAGGUAUCAAGUGCCAGUCAGCUGUAGUUGAGACGAGAAGCCAUAACCGUGCAAGAUGGCGUGCAGCGGGCGACCUUGAAAUGCUGGUGCUAAUUUCUGUUGUCUUUUUAUCUCCGGUGGACAUGUAGCGUUUUUUUCUAGUGAUCCUAAUUUAAUUUCCACCCUGAGCAGUAACUGACAAUGCUUUAAUAGAUGUACAACAGUGAAUGUGAUGUAUGGCGUGUGUGAAGUGGCUCAGACAAAUCCGAGAGGGAGCUCCUAAAGCUAGGAGAGUUUAAGCUCCGAGUUUAGUGGUUGUGUUUGAUGUUGAUGGUUGGGAAUGUGAAUUUCGGCAUGUACUGUAACAGAAUUUAUUUAAAUGAAAUUUACUAACUGUUAUAUUUAAAAAGAAAAAAAGAACUGAAAGUAAUAUCUAAUUCCAGUGCUCAUUUGCUCCAAUAUGUUUACUAUAAAGUUUUAAUAACUGAUUUUAUCUUUGCAGUAAAUUGUAUAAUGGGCUGCUAUACUGUAGGAUUUUAUUACAAACUAAGCAGAGACAGACUGACUGAUUUAAUAUACUAAUGUACUAAUUCAACAACCCAGAGUUUCAUUAUCUCAGUUUUGUGGUUUAAUGAUGUAAAGUUAGUCAUCUUCAGUGGCAAUCAGAAAAUCACCCACCCUUCUGGAUGAUUUUUUUUCCUUUUCUUUUUUCAUUGCCCUGAGUUUGUUGUGAUUGGCCUUGCGAUCCAGUUUACAUCUGAGCAUUCCACCCUGUUUAGAUCAAGUAACUUCAUGUCUCUUAAGCAACAGGAAUAUAUAUGGAUGAGGUUAAGCUGCAUAAAAAUGUAAGUGUAAAAACGCAUUUAAAACAGAUACAUAUCUGAUCAUUCACGCCACUUCAGGAGGAUGGCUGAGACAUAUUUUAUACCAAGUGUAAAUACAGUAUAUUGCCAAAAGUAUUUGCUCACCCAUCCAAAUCAUUGAUCUCAGGUCCCAAUCACUUUCAUGGCCACAGGUGUAUAAAACCAAUCACAUAGACAUGCAGACUGCUUCUAUAAACAUUAGUGUAAGAAUGAGUCGCUCUUAGGAGCUCAGUGGCUUUCAGUGUGUUACAUUGAUAGGAUGCAGGUCCGUUAGUGAAAUUUCCUCACUACUAAAUAUUCAGCAGCCAGCCACCAGUCAGUGGAAGUGAUUGGGAACAAUAGCAUCGUUAAACAGUAAGGAUACUUUUGGCAAUAUAGUUUACAUGUGGCUAAAAUGUUAUCUGGAUACAAUCCAGGUUCUUACAUUACAUUAGGUAAUCAGGUGCAAAGAGGGUCUCUAUGCAGCUAUUGUCCGGAAUGUAUCCUGGUGAAAAUGUAAUCACAAGAACUUCCAGAUGGUAGUCAUAUGUGUCUUCAGUUAGUCAAACUGAAAUCUGAUUGUUGUGUGGGAAAGAAUAUGUAAAUACGACUGUAAAUAUGUACGUUCAUAAAUUUUUCCUGUUGGUUAUCGAAUGGCUUUCAAUUCAAGAGAUUCAAGCCGAAGACCAAUGUCUAUAUGAUUUUCAUCUUUUAAAUUUUUUUAGUUUACAUAUUUUGCCAUACAUGUGUCAAUAUGUUUCUUACUUGCACUGCUUUUUAUUUCAAACUCUCACUCUUAAAAAUUAACAUUUAAUGAAAGGAUCUAACUGGAAAGACAGUCAAGUGUACCCUUUUGUAAUUCUUUAAGAUGUUAAAUACUUGGUUGACUGCCAGAUACCCAGUGACUUUGGGUAAAGAAAAAACACUGUACACAAAAAUGACAUUUUCUUAAAAUUUGAAAGUAUAAUUGUGGACUUUUGUUUCUGUGAACUGUAAACUGUACUGUAAAACAGGAUAACUCAGCUGAUAACUCAGAGGCAGAAGGUGGUGUUUGUGAAGAAUGCAGAAGGUUAGCAUUUGAAUCUAAACUACCCUUUGAGUCUGAAGAGCUUUGUUUCCUAGUUUAUCUAAAAUCUGGACAUCCCAAAUCUCUCAUCAUAAUUAAUUUAUUGCUUUAUGUAUUUAUAUUAUAGAUUUAAUUAAAUGUAUUUAUACAUUUAUUUAUUUAUAUUUUUUAUUUUUGUCGAGCAUUGGAAGUUUAACUCUGGGUUACACUAACAUUUCACAUUAGAAUACUGAAAACUUGCAUUAAACCUGGCAGCUUGUAUUUAAUAACCAAUUUUGAUGCAUUCAGGGCAUAUCAUUAGUUGUGUAAAGUCUAUUGUACAUACAGACUGUAAUUUUUACCCAUAGGAUUGGUAGCUUGUGUUGACUGAACGUUUUCAGACAAAUUGACAGUUGACUUGGAUGCAAGUAACGCUCUCUGCUCUAAUUUCAGUGGUGUUCACUUCUGUUUCUGGAGGUCUGAUGUUGAUAUUUUUGCUCAAGCACACCUGGUUCAAUUUGCCCUUUAUUUUCCAGGUUUGGCAGGCAUGUUAGAGCUUGGAAAUCACCAGAUUCCAUGAACAGAAUUGAAAGCUACUUUAAUGCGUUAUGGUUUAAAUCUAGUUCUAGUGCAGCAGUGCUAGAUUUUUGUAGUGCAGUAGUUCUACACUGAAGGUUUAUACCUGCUUUAUAUGUUAGUGCAGUACAGUGUUUUAAUGUGCAAAUUUUGCACUGAAAUACAGACUGAAUGAGCCUUAUAGUCCCAGAGGUCCAUUCCUACUGAAGUCAGGGACCGCAGUUUGUAAUGCACCAGAAUGCCUACCUUCCCUUGAGUUAUUUAUACUGCUGAAAGGUGGUGUCUACAUAGCAAGGUGUGGUGUCUGUAUACAUAUGUCAUCUCUCUGUUGGACUGAAAGAUUUUCCAUUUCAAAGGUUUAAAGAUUGUUUGUUGUGAACAUGGUGUUAAAUCCUGCAGAUUCUGAAGUAGUUUCAGAUAUUUUUAGGUGUUCCCUUACUGUUUACAUUAAUAGCAAAUGUGUAUUAAUUAUUAUAACAAACGACACAAUUUGUUUGUUUACUUUUUAUUUUUUAUGUUUUGUUGCCAUUUAUUUUGCUCGUUGUUUUUUGUUUCUGUCAGUUAGAUGGACUGGCAGUGAGUGUAUGUUUUUUUUUUUUUUUUUUUUUGCUAGUGUUGCACAGAGAGAUUGAGAUUAUUAUAAUGUACUGAAACCUUACAGCAUAUUUUACAGGUAGUAUUUUGAUUCAGUUGUUUUAUUAAUGUAAUGAUGUAUGUGUAUGUUGCCGGUCUCAUAUUAACAGUAAUAUAUACUGUUUUUAUGGUUUUGCUGUUACAUGUGAAUCUCAGGGUAGAUCAUAUUCUACAUUGACACAUCUUGCCCUUUCUGCUUAUUACAUUUAAUUGUUCUGUCUCUCAGUUUAGGGUACACUUGAGGUCAGGCCUCAGAUUAAGAGUACUCAAUUUCAAUUGAAUGAUUCUUUCAUUUAAAAUUAAGCUGUGAAAACCUUUCUAUCUGUGGAUUAUCAUGUCUCGAGUUGUAUCCAUGUUUUGUUUUUCCAAACAUUCACUCCAAAAUAAUUGCAGUUCAUUUCAUGUGACCGUAGCCAGGAUGUACAACAGAACUAGUGAAUAAUGAACACUAUGCCAAACUGAGCUGAGGGAGCAAAUGUCUUGAAUAAAUGGGACACAAAGGGAAAGAAUCUAGGUGUUUGAAAGACCAAAGACAACACUAUGCAUAACUCUUGAGGACUCUCACACAGGAAAUCAUAUAUAGUUUCAAUGCUCAUUUUUUCCCCUGCUGAGUUUAUGUCUAAAUGCACAUUUCAUAUUAUUUGCUGAGGAGUGACUGUGUAUUUCUUGGUUUCUCCUCACUCCCUUGUAUGUUGAACAUUGUAUUUUGACGACAACCAUUAAAACCACCCAUGUUGUAGAAUAAA